CUUGUGCUAGGGGAAUAAAAGAGAGUGUCUCCGAGCUGGCAGACUACAAGGUCAGCAAAGCUAUCCAGCACUGUUUCUUCUGCUCUUGUACCUACAAAGCCAAACCAAGCCAUGUCUCUGUUGGGAAGCAAGCGAAUUAGCAUCAGCACCAGCAGCCUGAACAACAGGUCAUCUCGGUCUGGGGGCAGCAGCAUGAGCCAGAGCGGCCUCUACAGCAGUGGGCAGAUUAGAAUGAGCAAUGGCUACAGCUCCUACAGCUCCAUGGGAGGAAGCAUGGGUGGAGGAAUGCGUCUCCCCAGCAUCCCCAUCUCCGCAGUGACCUACAACAACAGCCUGCUGGCCCCCCUCAACCUGGAGAUCGACCCCAACAUCCAGGUGAUCCGCUCCCAGGAGAAGGAGCAGAUCAAGGGCCUCAACAACCGCUUCGCCUCCUUCAUCGACAAGGUCCGUUUUCUGGAGCAGCAGAACAAGAUGCUGGAGACCAAGUGGAACCUGCUGCAGGGACAGACCACCACCAAGUCCAACAUCAACGCCAUGUUCGAGGCGUACAUCGCCAACCUGCGCAGGCAGCUCGACGCCAUCAACAACGACAAGAGCAAGCUGGACAGUGAGCUGAGGAACAUGCAGGGGGCCGUGGAGGACUUCAAGGGCAAGUAUGAAGAUGAAAUCAACAGACGCACCGGUCUGGAAAACGACUUUGUCGUCCUGAAGAAGGAUGUCGAUGGUGCCUUCAUGGUUAAGGCUGAUCUGGAGGACAAGGUUGGCUCCCUGAGCGACGAGAUCAACUUCCUGAGGAGCAUUUACGAGGAGGAACUCCGCGAGAUGCAGAGCCAGAUCAAAGACACCUCCGUCGUCGUGCAGAUGGACAACACUCGUCACCUGGACAUGGACUCCAUCGUGGCUGAGGUCAAGGCUCAGUAUGAGGACAUCGCUGCCAAGAGCCGCGAGGAGGCAGAGUCCUGGUACAAGGUCAAGUACAGUGAGAUGUCCUCCCAGGCUGGCAAAUAUAGUGAUGAGCUACGUAAUACCAAAGGUGAUAUCGCUGAGCUGAAGCGCAUGAUCCAGAGACUUGAGAGUGAGAUCUCGUCCAUCAAGGGACAGCGUGCCACCCUGGAGGCUCAGAUCGCUGAGGCAGAGGAGCGCGGGGAGCUGGCAGUGAAAGACGCCAAGGCCCGUAUUGCAGAUCUGGAGGCCGCUCUCCAGAAAGCCAAGCAGGACAUGGCCCGCCAGGUCCGGGAGUACCAGGAGCUGAUGAACGUCAAGCUGGCCCUGGAUAUCGAGAUUGCCACCUACAGGAAGCUCCUGGAAGGAGAGGAGGACAGGAUUAGCAACCACUCAGUUGUCAGUGUCCACUCUGCACCAUCCUACAGCAAGUCCAGCAGCAAAGGUAUGCAUGCCGGUGGCUACUCCACCAGUGGUGGGUACAGCUCCUCUUCCUCUGGGUAUAGCACAGCUCAGACCACCAGGAACGUGGCCGCUAAGAACGUGGUGAUCAAGAUGACCGAGACCAGCGACAACCGAUUCCGCAAGUAAAUCGGAGAAGAACCACAGGCAUCAAAACAACAAAAUCUCCGCUGUCGUUACGUGACGCCUCACUAUUGCCAGCUUACAGCUACCCGUAGAGACCUGUUCGUUCCCAUUUUUUAGAGAAAAUAUAUGUGGCAUGUAAUAAAGGGAAUGAGCUUCAAUCAAUGAUUAUUGCUCUUCGGGAACGAUUAUCGGAUCCAAACAAAUGCUGACCGACGCUUGUCCCCUUUAUUGCAUGAAUAUUGUCUAUCCAAAUGUAAUUUUUCUGAGACAAAAAGGGGGAAUUGAGUUGAGAACCCAAUGGACCAACAAGUGCCCUCUGGUUAGCUAAGCCGUCAAUAGCAGGGCGUCACUCUUGGUGUAUUCCCUGGAUUUCGGUUGUUCUUUGGUUUAUGUUUUUAUUGUAACCUAACAAAUACUGUCCCCUCGACUGCUUGAAAGCUCUUCUUUUAUGAAUUCAACUCCUUUCUGUAGAAUCCAAUGCCGCUGGGAAAUUGGGGGUGUUCAUUAAUGUGGUCUUAACAGAACCUCCAAGUUCCUAAACGGGGCCCAGCUUGUAACCAAAAAUAAAAUCAACCACCAAGUUGGGGGCUUGCUUCUCUUGUCCGAGCAGUCUAAAUCCCACCAGAAUUCCCAUCCCUGGUGAUACCGUACUAAACUUCUUCCUUUGUAUUCCCAUUAGUGCUUGCCACAGUAACUGUCUUCAGAAAAGUGAUAGAAGGUAUGCAUUCAAUAAAAACACACACAUAUAUAUACAGCUACCGUAUUAUUUUACUGUUUUAUACCAACAUUAAAUCCAGAGGCGCAGGAUAUAUGUGUGUUUCAGUAUUUAACACAGGUGUUACAUGUUAUACUGUACAAUGCUUCCUAUGUCUGAAAGUUUGAUUGAACAGUACCAUAGAUCAGCACAUUCGAGGUAAUGCAAGCAGCCACAUCAAAGGUGGUUACUGUUGAUCAGGCCGAACUAGGCUGCCUUACAGCUUUUAAAUCUGUACUGCGUACUAAUGAAAUAAAUGACUUUGAAAAAAAAACAA